AUGGACAGCUCCUGUCGUGAGUCGCGCAUCAAGAAGCGAUCCUCCAAUGCCUGCCAGCGCUGCCGUCGACAGAAGGUGAAAUGCUCCGGGUAUCAGCCCUGCGAGACAUGCAACAAGCGGAAGCUGCCCUGUAUUUUCGAUGACCGCGUGCAGAAAGUGCUGGUGACUCGGGGUCAUCUCGAGGACCUCUAUCGCCAGAUUGCCCUUCUUGAGCACGGCGAGGCACCAGCAGACCACCAGCCAGUGGCUCACAACGUUGAUGACCAUGCCCCGGGACUUCUAUUUGCUUCUUCUUCAUCACCAGCCGCAGCGGAAGCCGGCGUCGACGAAGACAACGGGGAAGAAGAUGCGAGUUCCAACCUGACAAACCCCCUCUCCACCCGGCCGUCGACCUACAUGGUUGCUGCCAGUGGUAGAUCGUAUUAUCUCGGGACCUCGUCCAACUGGUCGUUUGCCCGUCGGGUGCUGUGCAUGAUGCAUCAGCACGUCCACCACAGCCCGCCAGCAACCGAUCAACUCCUGUUCGACGGUUCGGCGUACGAUCUGGACAUCGAGCCGGGGAUGACCACAGCGCCGUCAUUCGACUACUCGCUGCACUUGCUGCAUGUCGUCGACUUCCACACGGGCCAGCUCUUCCAUCUGUUCGACCACGCAACGUUCAUGGCGGGACUGUACGCCUUCUACCAGGACCCCGAGGCUCACACGGCCGCCCCGAGCCUGUGGUACAUCCAUUACCUGCUCAUCAUGGCGUUUGGCAAGGCCUUUGUUGUCCAGCGUAGCCCCGGGCGGCGGCCCCCGGGCGGCGAGUUCUUCGCCCGCGCCCUGCAGCUGGUGCCAGACAUGCCCCGGCUCUGCCAGGAGCCUAUCCUGGCGACAGAGAUGCUGUGCUGUCUGGCGUUGUAUCUGCAGUCGUUGGACUUUCGCCAUUCAGCAUACAUCUCUAUCGGACAAGCAGUACGCAUCGCCAUGGCACAAGGUAUGCACACGGACAUGCCGGUAGACCAGCUGGGCGAGGCCGAAGUCCAGCGCUGUCGGCGUAUCUGGUGGACGGUGUAUGUGCUGGAUCGCCAGUUGACCUCGUUGAUGGGCCUGCCGCAGUCCAUCCGCGACGACCAGCUCCACGAGCAACUGCCUUGCAUGCCAGACGCCCUCGCGGGCUCGUCUAAAAUCAUCGCACUGUGGAUGCAGAUUCGGAUCUGCCGGAUCAUGGAGGAGAUCAACAGUACUGUUUAUGGCCCCGACGGACGCUUCAACCGCCGAUUCCUGCUCAAGACAAAGAGUACCCUGGCCAGCAUUGUCGAGCUGGCUCACGAUCUAUCCAAGGCGUACGAGCUCCGGCUUGACGAGCCUCGUGUGACGGGUGUCUCACGCCUGGCUGCCCAUCUCCAUCUGCUGCACCACCAGUGCAUCGUCCUGGCCACCAGACCAGUGCUGUGCUGUUUUCUCCAGCUGAAACUGCAAGCUGCCGAUGACCUCAGUUUAGAGAAUUCAUCUGGCAAUGUGCGCAAAUUGAUGCAAGUCUGCCUUGAGUCGGCGCGGCAGAUGCUUACCAUUCUCACCGUCCUGCAACAGCAGAAUCUAUUAGACAGCUUCCUCACAUUCGACCUCGACGCCACCUUCACGUCGGCGGUGGUGCUGACGAUCGCGCAGGCCAUUGAUCCCGCGAUGCUGGACGACUGGCAGGCGUGGACGGCAAAAAGCCACGCCGUGCUCGACGAGAUGAAGUCGCGGGGCAAUCUCAUCGCAGGCUUCCGCAAGGCCGAGUUGCAGAUGCUGGCGCAUCUGGUUGCAGACCUGCAGUCGAGCCCGGACCCGCUCGUGGAGCUGACCAUCCCUGAGGUCGGAAGGGAUCCCGAGGAACUCACCACGGAGCUGAUGGCGGUGGCCGAGUCGAUUGUGACAGGAGACGUAGACUGGAUAGCCAAUACCUUUACUGAGGAUCGGAUGUGGUAA